AAGCCAGCAUUUGCUUCAAGGAUUUGGAGGGAGAGUUGUGUUAGUUGGUGGAAAUUCAAGAGCCAGGGAAAAGAAGACAGAAUAAUGUGAUUCCCCAGCACUAUGCCUUCCCUGCUUGUGGAUUUACCUGAAAUUUGAUAUGCAGCCUGGGCAAGAAGAGCAAGGAAGACUUCCAUCACCAGUCAUCACACCUGCAACCAACUUCAUCCAGUCUCUUUCUCCUAUUGGCAUGAUCUGACACUCUAUAGAAAAUGUACCAGCUAUACAGAAAUCAUCGAGGACUUACCAGCGACAGCAGUGACACAUCCAGCUCUUUCCAGUGCGGCAGCGCUGAGAGCCAAAACAACAUCCUCCGCUCGGCUAGCAGUUCACCUCACACCUUGGAUGCAUUGCUGGCUGAAUUGAAGCUCCCAGAGAAAGCUCCAGUCCACAAGUCACCCCGCACUCGGCCCGGCCGCAGCAGUGCCAUCGUCCCAGUGGAUCUCAACAUGAGCGACGGGGAGACAAGUGUCUCAGACAGUGGCUCGGAGUCACCAGUAUGCGUAGAAAUGCCACCACAGCCCUUCAUUCAUGAGCACACCAGCAGCAGCUUCAAUGCUCAGGUCUCUUGGACAGGACCACAAAACCGUGAGCUUGUUUCUUUCUAUGAGUUGGAACUGCAGGAGGCCAGACUGGAUGGCCAAGGCAAGGAUAUCCACUGGUUUUGCUCACGGACUGAAGAACACCUGGAGAACCUGAUUCCUGACACUAAGUACUUGAUCCGGGUGAGAGCUCUCAAUGUGGCAGGCACUGGGAAGUGGAGUGAACCCUAUACGUUUAGCACAAUGCCUCCAGUAGCAGGCAUGCCUCUGGAUCCGUGUCCUGUCAUUGUCACCGUGCGACGAAGUAGGAAGCCCCAGAAGAAAACUAUAUUUGUUUCAGCGCCCUAAGAGGAUCUGAAACAUGGCAAUAAAAGUCAGCAACUUC